ACUGUUUUCCUAUGUCCUGUAAGAAUCUGGUUCGGCGACUGGGUUAAGCGUGUUGAACACGGGAGCAGUUCGCUUCUCCCUCUACAGCCCAGGCGGACUUUACUGUAUCGAUAUUAGAGGGUCGAUGUGGUCUGGGAAGUGUUUUGUGCCUUAUCACGUGUUGAAAUAUCUCCAGGCUUUGGACAAUGUUCCCCUACUCUUAUACAUCCUGGCAGCUAAGACCUUGCUGCUGUGUCUUGCCUUUGCUGGAGCUAAGCUGUACCAGCAGAAGAAGGCAGAAGCAGCCCUGAAACAGCAAAUGGAGAUGAAGAGAAAACUCGCUCAGCAAACGCAGGAACUCCUUGACAACAAGAAGGAUGACUAAAUGCUGGGGUGCAUUGGAGAAAAUGGGUCCCAUUAGAUCUGCACCUACCCGUGUUUCCAUGCUUCACUUACACACAAAAGCAAAGGUGCCAAACUUUUAGAAGAUUCUGCAGACAGGACUGCAGCUUUUAACUACUUUACCUGCAGCUGAGCUAAUCAGUGUGGUGUGUGUGUGUGGUUUUUUUUUUUUUUUUUUUUUUUAGUGUCUUAUUCAAUACUAUUUAAUACCUCAUCUUUGUAAAUAAAAAACACUUUUUUUGUACAGGUGUGUCAAUUUGUUGCUUACAUUUCCAGUGAAAAGGUUUGGGGUAGGUGCUCCAGUUUUGUGCAUUUAUCCUUCUAAAUCAAAUCUAGUACACCUAAAUUAUCAUUGGGCUUCAGAUAACACUUCUGCUGAAUAGUGAAUGCUGAUUAGGAUGUAUGAAUGUUUGGACUCCUAACAUUUUAUUUUAUUUUAUAUAUAUAUCAAACUAUAUUUUGAAAACCUAACUAUGUUCAUCUUGUUUCGUUGUUAGACCUUGUUUUUCCAAAUACAUCAUAACACAGCAGUCACUCUUUUAAAUAACUUUGGCCAUUCUUUGCUGAUCAUAACUUACAGCUUAUCAUAAAUUGCCUCUCUUAAUAAAACACAUUUUUACAACCAGAUGGCAACAUAAAGCAGACUGCUUUGUCUUGUGUUAGGUCAGUGUUUGUCUUUCCAAGCCCAACAAUUGUGUUUAUUUUUUUACCAGAUUUAACUGGUCAUAUCUUCAAUUCUUCCAUUAAAGCAUGUGUUGGAGCAGGUAAAACAAAUUGUGUACUGAGAAUAAAAUGGAUGUCUACAAAAUGUAAAA